AUGUACUCCUCAGCACAGCUCGUUGCUCUCGCAGUCUCCCUCCCGGCAGCCAUGGCCUGCCUGGGCUAUGACGGUGGCCUUCCCGCUGCCUCCGGCACCAAGUCCCUUGACGCGCCUCAGUACAUCGAGGCCGGCCAGACCUUCGAUGCCGAGUGGGUCAAGUACGACCGUGGCUCGGGCGCCUGCGGCGGCCAGAGCGAGGGUGGAGAGGCUGACACCGUCUUCGUGCUCGAGGACGGCGCCACUCUGAAGAACGUCAUCAUCGGCAAGGACCAGGCCGAGGGUAUCUACUGCAAGGGCUCCUGCACCCUUGAGUACGUCUGGUUCGAGGACGUCUGCGAGGACGCCAUCUCGAUCAAGGGUGACGGCACCGCCAACAUCAUCGGCGGUGGUGCUUACGGCGCGAGCGACAAGGUCAUCCAGCACAACGGCUGUGGUACCGUCAACAUUGUCAACUUCUACGCCGAGGACUACGGAAAGGUCUACCGCUCGUGCGGCAACUGCAAGGGCAACUGCGCCCGUACCGUCCACAUGGAGGGAACCACUGCCCACAACGGCGGCGAGCUGAUGGGCAUCAACACCAACUUCGGCGACAAGGCCACCUACUCCAACAACUGCUUCGACAGCGGUGUCACCGAGUGCCAGGCUUACACUGGCUGCGACAAGUCCGAGGGCGACUGCGAGCCUACCAAGGGUGGCAAGUGCUAG